CCUGGGCUAAUGUGCACCUGCGACUCCAACAGCUGUGCAAUAGCCGUGCCCUGACUGGCUAGCUCGUCACCCCGCCGCAAAGACAGCACGCUGGCCCAGGGGAAAUGGGUGGAGAAAUUGCUGCCGUCAUGCUCAGCUCAGCUCCCGAUAUAGCAUAGCCACAAACAUGGGCCCAAAGUACCUUCCCUCUCACCUUCCCUCUCUCAACUACGGGGCACCCACGGCACCCACACUCGGCAUAACGAUGGAGGGUUGCGCCCUGCAUGGACACGCUGCGUGGGGACCGCCGCGCCGUGGCCCGGAACGAGGCAGUGUUCCCUCGCGCUUGUUUCGUGACAGUUGCCGUGGACCGGUUCCAAUCCUCUGGACCUGUCACGCAGAUUGCACCCCCCUCCUGCCUCUCCCGAUGGCGAGUGGCCUUGGCAUAUAUGAUGGGGUCCCGCACCGCUAUUCCAAAACGCGACAUUCCCAAGAGCUGGCACCCCGGCCUAUUCAGCCAGGUGGUGCGUGUCACCGUGGCACAGCAGCCCGCCCAGGCGAUCGACACUUGUCCAUCCGCCCCUUGUUCUCGCGGGGAAGGCUCUCGGAUCCGGCCCAAGCAAGGAGAAGCGUGAAAAAAAAAGAAGGAAAAAUGCCUCGGAGCAGCGAGCCACAUCAAAUAAAUGCCAAGGGGUGAUACCAGACGGCUGGCAUCAUCCCUGCCUCUUCCCCCUCCCGCAACGAACCUAAUUUUCGAGCGCGCAAGCUGCCUCCAUGAUCACCUUGAGUCGUGAACUGGAACGACCAGAUUGACGGGAGCAGGGAUACAGUGCCGUUACCCAACAGCGUGGCUCCCUAGCUACCUACCUCCUCAUCUCGUUCUCCUUCGCGAAAGACGAAAUUGUCUGGUAGGUUUGUAGGUGACCAGGCAGGUAGUACUCGUCCUCCAAUGUAUAUAUAGAAGACGCCGUCACUCAUCUUGUCAGAGUGUCUAUGUUUACACGCCCCUCAACCCCCAUUUCGAUCCUUCUUUCUACCGGCAUCCGACACCCUAAAAGCGAAACAGGCGCUCCUACAUCAGCUGUGGCUGGCUAGUCAUCGUCCCUCUUUUUUAUACAAGUAUUACCAGGCUGGAAAAUCCGGGCGUCUGCAAACUCGUGCGAGGAGUGCCACGCUCUGUCAGCGAGGAAUACCGUUUUCUUGGUAGGUACUGUACAUUCGCUUUUUUGAGCCCCUUACGACAUUUCCCUCCGUCCUCCUUUGUCCGCUUGCGGGUGGCCAAGCAGGGAAAAGGCACGAGCCAAGCGACGCUAGUCGUCAUUUCCUCAGCCUCGAGCCUUCCCCAACCCCGACUCCGAGGAACGGACAGGGGCGUGGAUGUUUUUCCUUUUGGGCAUCCCUCCCGGCGUGGUGCUUGCUGGUGCUUUCCGCCUCUGCGGCCUUAUCUCUUUCCCUGACGGCGCCAAGUUUGGUUGCGGGCUGGCUUGGAAGAGCUGGCAUUGCCCACGCCAUCCCCUUUUAAUCGGCUGGUGUCCUCGCACAAGCACCCUUUCUUUUCCAUCCCUUAGCAUAACCCGCUACUUCCUCAGCCGCACCUGUUCCCUCUUGCCUCUUCUUCUUCCCUGAGCUGGCUGGACACGCUCGGGUUGAUAUUACUGUCACCACUGUUGUCACCAUCGCGCCAAACAUCAACUUGCUUCAUAGCCACUGCCUCUAUCUGGCACUUUCCUCUUUUUGCGCACUGUCCUUCAGCGGGUUGGACAUCCGGUCUCGUUAGCCACGUCGAACUGACAGAGUACAGACAACGUGAAGGAAAAGAGCAACCAAUACAGCCGCAACUAUGCAGCUCAAAGACUCCAUCGCCACGGCAGUGGCGCUGAUGUCAACCAUGGCAUCGGCGAGCAUCAACCUGUGCCCUCCCAAUGGCAAGGGUGUCUGCUACAGUGUCGGUGUUCCCAGAUCGUCGGCAUCAAGCGGGUCCGGCACCAUCUAUAUGCAGAUCAAGGCUCCGGCCUCGUUCUCGUGGGUAGCCCUGGGAACUGGCAGUGGGAUGGCUUCGAGCAACAUCUUCCUUGUGUACCAGGAUGGCAGAGGCAACAUUACUGUGUCUCCCCGCCGUGGCACGCGCUACACACAACCGCAGCUUGACACCUCGUCGACAGCAGCGCGCCUGCAACUACUGGCGGGCAGUGGUGUCUCAUCCGACGGCUCCAUGACUGCCAACAUCGCCUGCUCCAACUGCCAGUCGUGGAACGGCGGCUCCAUGGGCCUCGCAGACACUCAAACGUCGUGGAUCGGCGCGUGGGCAGAGGGCAGCUCGCUCGCGACGACGAACCAGAACGCCGGCAUAAGACGGCACGACGACACGAGUGUCUUCGCCCUCGACCUGAGCAAGGCCGCCAUCCCGUCGGAUAGCAACCCCUUUCUCACUGGUGGUUCUGGAUCUGGCAACGACAACACCGGCGGCAGUUCCGGCGGCAGUUCCGGCGGCGUAUCUUUCGGCUCGACUGGCCCCAGCAGCUUGGUGCUUGCUCACGGCGCCAUCAUGGCCAUCCUCUUUGUGAUUCUGUACCCUCUGGCAUCCAUGGUCAUGCCGCUGUUUGGCAAAUGGAAGGUCCACGGAGGCGCACAGGUGUUCAACUUCAUCCUCAUGUGGGUCGGCUUCGCGCUGGGCAUUACGGUGGCCAAGGAUAGGAGCAUGCUGUUCAACAACGCCCAUACGACCCUGGGCGUCAUCGUGGUCUGCCUGCUCAUCCUGCAGCCGUUCCUUGGGUACGCCCACCACAUGCACUACGUGAAGCACCAGCGCCGCGGCCUUGUCAGCUACGUGCACAUCAUCUGGGGGCAGUCCCUGAUCGUGCUCGGCAUCGUCAACGGCGGCCUGGGCCUCCGGCUCACGGGCGUCCCCGGCAACUUCAUCAUUGCCUACGUUGUUGUCGCGGCUGUGAUCUUUGUGCUGUACGCUGCGGUAAAGGUCUUUACUAUGUUCAGGGCCAAGCGCCGUAGCCAGUCUGGCGACAAGAUUGGGCCUUCGCCCCCGACCUCGGCUGACCGCAGGCGGCCGUAUCCUUGAGACCAAGGGCCUGGAAAGGGGCUGGGGGACGUGCAGUUCAUGUAGGCGAGUGGUGACUCUGAGGAGGUGAUUCUGUCUCUGAGUGUCCAUAGGACGGAGCGCAGGAUGGUUUGCUCGAUAAGAGCGACGCCAGAGAAGACAGUCGAGGGUUGCGAUACCAGUAUACUUUUCUUUUGUGCAGACUACCUUUAGAGAACAAUCGAGGGUUGCGAUUCAGUAUGUAGAAGUCAUUUCAUAAUCACAGUUAACAGAGGGGCGCAGGGAGCCAAAUAAUAGAAAUUGCGAAACGCAGGAG